CAACACCAAACAGCUGUGUACAUCACUUCCUGUACUGGUCUACAUGUGAAGUGUGGCUGAAGAAGCUGCAUUUCAACUUCGAAACGCAGCCCCGGAGCAACUCGAAUUGUGAAAGUGAUGUUUAGCAAUUCUGUUGCCUGGAAUAAAUUAGAAAAGGAACUAUUGAGCUAUCCACGAACAAGAGGAGUGGAAUGGUAAACACCGUCUCGUGCGUUUAGUUGCGGUCUGUUCUCUUCGAAGGCGUCCGUAUUGGAGCUCCUGUUAUGCCUGAUUCCUCCUGGCUCUCUCCAGCUGGGCUGUUUGGCUGAAAACAAACAAGCUGUUUGUUCCUGCUGUGCAUCAUUUAUGUGAGCACCAUUCUCGUGAUUGGUCCGAGCCCCUGUCCGCCACGCCUGGUGAACCCCUCCCCCUUGGAUGCGUCUCUCAGCCCAGAGUGUCAGUCAGAAUGGAACAAUAGCCGCAGUCGCCAUCGGACCUUCCCCUUUCUCUCUUUGCUCUCUGUCUGCCCCGUCCCCACACCCUUCCCCUAACACACACACACAGCCAGCCCCUGACUACUCCUCCUUCCACUGUACAGGUUUCGGUCCACUUCCUCUUCCUACCUCUCUAGCCAGCCUUGUCAAGCCAAAUGAAACCAUAAUCCUCUGUAAAAGAUAGGGGCCUAUACAGCUGCCUGUGCUCCCUUUUGUUGUUGGUGGCUGUUUAUUUAGAGGGCCCCCAUGAGAGUAGCAGCUAGAGAACACAAGGCAGCACAACAGCACCCAGUCAGCCGUUUUACUGGAAACAAACGAGCUGUGGUGGUGGUUUGGACACUGAUGGAAUUUUAGUAGCAUGAUGUUGGGCUGGUAUCGCCACCACACGCCAUCGAUGAACCAGAGGGCCACCAGCAGACUUUGGAGAUUGACACAUCUCAACUUGUGGUGGGACAAGAGAUUGAAAUAAAGACAUCAAUCUUUUUUCAGGAUAAUUUUUUUACCUUCUUUUUUGCUUCUCCAGUGAUCAGCUAAACCAAAGUGCCUUUCUUGGUUUCUCACUGUCGUUUACUAUAAACUUGAUCUAACUUCAUAUCACACUCCAAUAUCUGAAAAUAGAUUUAAAAGAAACAUUUCAACAUCUCAAGGAUUUUGCACUUUUCAUUGAUGCACCUCCAUACCAUUGCCUGUUGCACAUGUCAUAUCAUACACAAUACUGACAGUGCACACUUGUUUACUGAAAAAACAUACACCUCCAUUCCGACUGUUGACAAUCCCACCCCGUAUUUCACCCAGCCACAAAGUAAGCAUUCUCUCACAGCGUUCUUCUAGUGUAGGUUGCUAGGACUAACGAAGCCAAACCUAUCACCAAACCGCUCUCCAAGUUCCUUGUGACGCAGAGCCAGCGACAUGGCGACGUGGCUACAGUCAAAAUGGCGCUACCUGUUCAUGUUCCUGGGUGUCCAGCUGGUUGUCAUGGCUCUGCUGUCCCGCGAGGGCUACCACAAGCGAGUGUCGUACUUCAUCAGGAUUUUCCGCAAGCCGGAGACCACUGCGUUGGGGACGUCCGGUGCCGGCUCGCCCCACUUGCGCAAUCACACGGGCAGUGACGUCUACGCCAACUUGUCCCUCCUGACCAAGGCCCACGGCCGGGGCGAGGACAUGCCCUACUGCCCCAAGACGUCUCCCCUGAUAGGUGGACCGAUCCACGUCAGCUUUCCUUCCGGGUUGACACUGGCCCAAGUUGCGCGGAAGAAUCCAUUGGUGGUCCUCGGGGGGCGCUACAGGCCGCCUGACUGUGAGGCGCGGCACCGCACCGCCAUAAUCAUUCCCCACAGAAACCGGGAGCACCACCUGAAGUUCUUCCUCUAUUACCUUCACCCAUUCUUACAGCGACAGCAGCUCAACUACGGCAUCUACGUCAUCCACCAGGCUGGUAACUACACGUUUAACCGGGCCAAGCUGAUGAACGUUGGGUUCCGAGAGGCCAUGCGGGAGGAGGACUGGGACUGCCUGUUCUUCCAUGAUGUGGACCUCAUCCCUGAGGACGACCGCAACACCUACAUGUGCGACGCCAACCCCAAGCACGCUGCCAUCGCCAUGGACAAGUUUGGAUAUAAGCUGCCAUACAAGAUGUAUUUCGGAGGGGUGUCAGCGUUGUCUCCACUGCACUACCUGAAGAUGAACGGCUUCCCCAACAACUAUUGGGGCUGGGGAGGAGAGGACGAUGAUAUUGGAGUCAGAGUAUCCCUAGGAGGGAUGUUCAUCUCUCGUCCAUCGGUGAAGGUGGGCCGAUACAAGAUGAUCAAACACAAGCUGGACAAGGGAAAUGAUGUGAAUCCCAGGAGGUUCAACAUGCUGGCCAAGACGCGUCAGACAUGGAAGCUGGACGGCAUGAACACUGUGGAGUAUGAGGUGCUGUCACGUGAACACUUCCCCCUCUACACCAACAUCACUGUGCACAUCGGCACCGAGGCCGGCCUGCAUGCCAUGGCGCCGUCCCCCAAGAUCCCUGCCAAAGCCGCAGCAAAGCCACCAGUCGAAGCCCCCACCAAACCUCCAGCCAAGCUCCAACAGGAACAAAAACAGAACCAACCCAUGAACCACUGACUUGGACCACCUUUACCCACUCCACUCCCAUCCACCACCGACUCUCCCCUCCUAACUUAUGCCUGGGAGCAGGGAUGUGAGAGGGAGCCCUGGACCCUUAAGUCGCUCCUUUCUUUGCCUUCACACCUCAUAUCAACUCCUACAGUGGGGAGAGGUAGGUGGCUCCCCCUAUUGGACUAGAGGCCAUUAUACGCACAUGCCUUUUCCUUCUGUUCCUUCCUCUGGUCUGAUCAACAUUAUCAACUGAGACUUUAACAAUAGCAUAGCAGAGACUGAACCGAAGACCAAUGCUCUCCACUGCCUAGAUAUAAUCUGUGGGCUGAGGCUUUGUCUGUCUGAAUGAAUUACUGUCGCAUUCUCGACCCUAGUUGUGAUUCUCGAGCUUCUCCAGCUAUGUCCCACCACUCCACUGACUGACUCUAUGAAAGGGACUUAUGGUAGAGGAGAGGAAAAAAGACUGACUCUAUGAGUUUAUAUCGCUGCCGAAAACCCCCGUUGCCUUAGAAAAACCUGUCUUGUUCUAUUUGUCCUUUUAGUAGAACUUCAGGUCGAGAGUUAUGAAUGGAACCCGUUUCUAGUGAUAGCAAGAUUAAGGGAUAGAAUAAAUAAAUGAAAAACCAUUUUAUGCUACUGAUAUUGCAAUAGCAUAUGGGUCUUUCUGCUGAUUAGGUGGCUUUUGAGUAGUGUAACUUGGUGAGAACUUGAUUUCACCCAAUUUUAACAUUCUGCCAUAAAGAGCACAUGUUCAAAACACGGUUUCCCAUCUCGAGGUGAAAUUAAAGAAAUGACCAUAGCAGGUGCCAAAUAAACUAACAGGGUUGACCGUAACCGGGUUAAGUCAGCCAUAAAUCCCCUUGUGACAGAGGGAAUGGAAGCUUGUUGUAUGCAACAAGGAGGGGCAGUUGAAUGCAAAUUAAAUUGUUCAAACAUUUCUAGCCUAUUUAUGGGUAACAGGGUAGACGUGUUAUGUUCGAGCUGCUCCGUUUUCCAUCAAAAAACACCAGACAAUGGCCAAAAAGAGUAAAACCAGCUCACCUGCUUGUACACUAUGAUUUGACUAUUAUAUGUUCAAUCUUUCUUUUGAAAGAAAUAUUUAAAGAGGAAUUUCACCAUAUUAAAACGAGAGUUCAGUUCACUUUUUUUUUUUCUUUAAAAUGAUUCACUAAUCACAUGAAAUAAUUAAGUCUUCAGAAAUUAUUUUGUCAAAGCAACAAAAUAACUAGGGCUUUCAAAUAAUGCUGAGGUUAAGUGGGUUAAAAUCUUCCUUGAAGUCACAGGAUGCUUAGAGGGAUAUGUCAAAAUUCGGAAUUUUGGCAGUUUAAAAGUCUUUUUUUCCCCCAUGUGGUCAGUAUUAAAGGGCACUUCAUUUAAAGAACAGGCUUUUAAUAUUGAAUUUCUACUUAAUAUAUCAAAGGGAUGAAAAGGCACUAAUUUCAGAACGACCCAUAUGUAACUGAUUUUACAGUUUAAUAUACAAAGUGAAGCCGCUACCCUGAUCUUGACAUGGGUAAGUGCUGUUUGCAAUUAGCAUGGUAGUCACCCCCUGGGCCUGUCUUCAUAAAGCAUCUGAGUAGGAGUGCUGAUCUAGGAUGAGGUCCUCCGUGUUCAUAUCAAAUUCAUUAUGGCAAAGGCAACAAUGAUCCUAUAUCAGAACACCUAGUCUGAGGGACAUGCACAAUACAGGCCCUGAAUAUCAGGCUGAUUAUUGAAGGAUUCUCUCAUAGUAGGUUCACAGUUCUGGCACAGCUUUUUGGUAUGGUUGGGUUUUAUCACUACAAUCAGAAUGUGUCUUUUCUCCAGUUAUCUCCUUCAAUCUCUAGAUUGCGUUGACGUGGGGUUAAAUUUUGCCUUGUCAAAUAGAAUAGGUGCGGGUGAAAUGAUCAAUGCACUGCCUUCAGGUGGGCUGGCUAUAUUCACAUCAGAAUGGUGGUUUGUCAUUUGUGUUUUAUCGUAUUGUUUGUUACCUUAUGGAGCUUUUAUGUUGGUUUCCUAUGAUCAGCUUAAAACUGAGGGAUUGAAGUCCUAGUGGGCUCUCCAUAGUCAGAGACUUGGGCUCCAUCUCCAUACUCUAAAUUGGCUGAAUGGUUUGAAAACCAGGAGAGCUGAAAACCAGGAAUUUUGUCCAUGGAUGACCAGAAACCACUAUAAUUAAUUAGGUCUUUAAACGGAAUCAGGCACUGGUAAGUGACGUGGAAACUAGUGCCAGUUGACUGUGUGUAGUACACUCAUUGGUUGUACUGAUUCUGCUGAAGCACUGAUUAAAGAUUGAUAUAGGUAUACUGGGUUAGCAUUUACAGCAUUUCCCCACUAGCCAUUCUUUCAACAUAUUACAUUUUUUAUUUUGUGCUAUCUAAAAUCUGUCACCCCUAGAAUUCCCCAGUGCAAUGUCCUCCUCACUGCAUGGCUUGUCCCCUGACUUUCCUCUUUGCACGCUGUCUGGACCCCCUGACCAAUAUGAUUGUUUACACUAGAUCCCUACUGGGAAUUGAACCUCUGUGUGUGCAUCACAUAGAGGACUCAGGCCUCUUGGCUGAAACCAAAGAUGGCUUCGAGAGAAAGCAUUGGACGCCUGAUAGUUGUGCUGGCGGUUGCAUGCUGACAUGGGAAUAGAUGGGAUUCCACUGACGGAUGCUGAGGUUUGUGUGUGUGUGCUACUAUCUGAUCUAGGAAUCUCUUAGUCUAUAUAGUGAAGCAGGUCACCUAUGUCUUGACCUUUUCUACUCCAUAUGAAGCCUGAUUAUGCAUGAUACACAGACCCUGUAUUAGAUGAGUGGAAUGUACAGAAAACCAUACACAGACCACUAUCACAUGAAUUCACAUUUGAGUUUCUAGAAGCAUGCUAAAGUGUAUGCUUGUGUAGUGAUUCGUAAGACGUAUGCUAUAUGUACCUUUUAACACUUCAUGUAGUGGUUUAUUAUAUAUCAUGCUAUUGUAUUAUCAUGUCUAUUUGUGCUCUGCAGUUUGCUUCAGUUGAUGUAUAGCUUGACUUUCACUCCAUUAUGAUGUGGAUCUGCUGUCCAGGGUGACUGCGCCUGAAGAUGGAGCUCACCGCAGGGCAUUGAAAAUGUAACAAGGACAAUGUGAUACUAUAUUUCUGAUUUUUAAUUCCUCUCUCAAUGAAGUCUGCACAGUCCAGAGUGGCCUUAUACAAUGAUUAAUAAACAAAGAUUAGUCAAA